AUAAUUUAAAUUUUAUAUUUAAAAUUUAAAAUAAAAUUAAAUGAAAUUAUAAUUAAAAUUUUAAAUAUAAAUUGAAAAUAAAUAUUGAAUAAAACUUUAAAAAUCUUAAUGUUUCGAUUGAUUAAAACACACAAUCUUUUUUCCAAUCACUUGUUUUAUGGAUCCACCAAGGAUAUCAAAGGCACGUGCUUUUGAUUUUGACGAUCUUCAAUCACGGACCAUUGACCGGGUGUAUAAAUCAGGGGCCGAUGAACUAGUUUUGUCGCACAGAUCACCAUAAGUCCAUUGCUAUGGACUUCAAUCCACCCCCGCAUAUCACAACGCGUAUCACCAUCAUAUUGCUCAUAUUCAUCACGACCUUAGCAAUUAACGCGUCGUCUAUCGAAGCUAUCUGCGCCUCGAAAACUUGCCAUAUCACAGGCGGAGAAGUCAGCUUACAAGAAGCUGUUCAAGCAAUUGGCUAUCGAUUACUCUCUUAACCGAAGUUCUGCCGAGAGCUGGCAAUGAGGGAAUGAGAUUGCUCAGGUGAGUCAUUCCUACCUUCGUUUGCAAAACACAACAGCUUAAAUAGACUGGAUCAGUCGGGCUUUUCCUCUUUCCCUUAACAAAAGUACGACCCAUUUUUUUUUUCUCAGAGAAAUACUCUUUGAUGCUAAAAAUCUCAAACUCAAAUAGUUGAGCGCACGUAGCAUGACUUCCAACGGUUGCAAACAGCCGCUAUGGCUCCCCCCUAAAGCCCGAGCUGACGCCCAGCUGCCCCGACUGAAGAUCUACAACAGCCUGACGAGGAACAAUGAUGACUUUGUCCCAGCCGAUCCGACAGGGAAGAUGGUGACAUGGUACGCGUGUGGCCCGACAGUGUACGAAGAUGCCCAUCUCGGCCAUGCCAAGAAUUACAUUUCGACCGACAUUAUCCGUCGCAUCAUGAAGGACUACUUCGGCUUCCGUGUCAAGUUCGUUAUGAAUACAACAGAUAUCGACGACAAGAUCAUCCUCCAGGGCCGCCGGCAGUACCUGCUCGCCGGAUUCAAGCAGGAGCAUGCCGCUGAGGACGACUCGGUGAGCGAUUCGGUUUUAGCAGAGGCCAAAGCCGCAUUCCGGCACUACAUUUGCAAGAACCUCCCGUCUCUGCCCUCGGAUACGAGCCCAGACACUUUUUCCGAGGCAGUGAACAAGGCAUAUAAGGAAAAGGUCGAGCCUCCACCUCUAGCCGACGCCGCGACAGCAAAACAGAGCCAAGCUGUUACUGUCGCCGAUUUGCUGUUGAGAGCACACAUUGGAACGGCACGGUCGGCUGUUGGGGCCCUGCAAGCCCCAGGAAAGCUACCUGGAUUUUUUGCCAAGACGGACGACAUUUUGCUCCCAUAUCUCGAUGCCUUGCAUGGUGCAAAGAUGGACUCCAAUAACUACAAGAUAUACCUGGAGCUGACACAGAAAUUCGAGCACCGCUUUUUCGAGGACAUGAAUGCGCUUAAUGUCCUGGCCCCCGACCACAUUACUCGUGUGACCGAGUAUGUCCCUCAGAUUGUCCCCUUCGUUGAGAAGAUUGUGGCAAACGGUUUCGGUUACGCUACGCCUGACGGCUCCGUAUAUUUCGAUAUUGACUCGUUUGAGAAGGCUGGGCACAGCUACUCCCGGCUGGAACCGUGGAACAAAAACGACCGUGCCCUCCAAGCCGAUGGUGAAGGCUCACUGUCCAAGGGAAGGUCAAUGAAGCGGAGCGAGAAUCAUUUUGCGCUGUGGAAAGCUAGCAAGCCAGGCGAGCCAGCAUGGCCGAGUCCAUGGGGUCAUGGGCGGCCAGGAUGGCAUAUUGAAUGCUCUGCAAUGGCCUCCAAAGUGAUCGGGAAGACGAUAGAUAUCCAUUCUGGAGGCGUCGAUCUUCGUUUCCCUCAUCAUGAUAAUGAACUCGCACAAUCGGAAGCUUACUGGUCGACUCCGGGCUGCCAAGUACAGUGGACAAAUUACUUCAUCCACAUGGGGCAACUGAGGUAAAAGGUUUCAAAUGCCGAUUUCGUCGUACAAAGGCGCUAACAGAUCGUAGGAUUCGAGGCUUGAAGAUGAGCAAGAGCCUCAAGAACUAUACGACCAUCAGAACUGUUCUCUUCCAAAAGGAGUGCACGUUCUCUCCGAAUUUGCUUCCUUCUUAUGCCUUGGCAGGAUGGUAUUGAGGUAACAGACGAGCUUAUGAAGGCCGUGGUCGGCUGGGAAGGCAAGCUCAAUAACUUCUUUCUAAAGAGCUUGGACCUUUGGAAACGUUCCAGUCCCAAGACUACAGCAAUACAAGAACUUAAAAUCGCAGACCAACAAUUAUUAAGCGCCCUGGAUAAGGCGAAAGCCGAUGUUGAUACAGCUCUUUGCGAUUCCUUCAACACCUCAGCUGUCAUGAGAAUUCUCUCCGAUCUUGUUACCAAGUUCAACUCGGCAGAGGCACUUUCAGAUCAGACAGUCAUCUUGCUUGCUAGGUGGGUAACACGUAUCGUCACCAUAUUUGGUCUGGAUCCCCAGGGAGAUCUCAGCAACCUGGAUCGUAUAGGGUGGUCGGGCCUCGAUAUUCCCGCACCAGCAAAGCCCUAUAUCUACCCUCUAUCUCAAUUGCGCGACAAGAUUCGAAUGUUGGCCUGUUCCGUCUCGGUCGAUUAUACAGCUAUAGCGAAGCUCGCUGACGGAAUUACGGUCGCAGUGCCAACACCGGUAGUCGAGUCCUCCAAACCAUACGACCAGGUGCUGCAGCAGUUCCGCACCAACGUCAAGGAGCUCGCGGCUCAGCGAGCGCCGGCAAAAGACCUGCUCGCCUUAUGCGACCAGCUCCGCGAUGUACACCUUUGGAACCUAGGCAUCUAUCUCGAGGACCGCGACAACUCCCAGCCUGCUUUGGUACGAUGCCUCGAUAAGUUGCUCAUUGAGGUGCGCGCGGAGCGGGAAUCAGCUGCCACUGCGAAGGCGAAGGCCAAGCUAGAACAGGAGGCCAGGGAGGCUGAAAGGGAGAAGGAACUGCGCGAGCGCGCCAAGGUCCACCCCUUACUAAUGUUCAGGACCUCGGACGAUUACUUGGAACGGGACGAAAGCGGCAUCCCGACCGUGGACGCAGCGGGGAAUGUGGUGUCCAAGAAUAGGCGCAAGAAGCUGGUCAAAGAGUGGGAGCUACAGAAGAAGAGGCACGAGGAAUGGCUAGCGAUGCAGCAGGCAGCAUAGAAAAGGGGAUCUCGAAAAUGGCAAUGCCUACUUUGGUGAAACUCGACUUUGUUACCAGUUUCUCUAUUCUCAGGUCAGGUCAAGGUGACCCACAACGUUGGAGAGAGAUAUAUCAUAAGGAGAAGCUUACUGGCAAAUGGCUCUUUAGAACACAGUGCUAAACGUUUGGCUGUCGUUGGGGACAGAAGAGGGUGUAGUAAAGUCGUACGAUUCACAAGAGCGCGAAGGAGCUCACAAACGUAAGCAUAGCUUGAUAGUCUGACACACAGCUGGCUUUCACUGCAUACUGGACGUAGGUACUUAUGACGCACUGAAUCUUAAUAGGAUAGAAAGGAAAAUGUAGGGGAAGCGAAGGGGUUGUAGUGGGUGGAAGGCGCUCAGCCACCUUCCGGAAAAUCUCACUCCUCUUCAUAAUUGAAAGUCUAGAUAAAUAUUGCGCAAAGCCUAUCCCGUUAGACAGUUGACUCCAAUUUGUCAGAUUGGAUCUGGCUGCAAAGGCUUGCUCUAAUAUAGUUAUAACGAAGUCGAGAUUCAUGUUCUUACGGAUACCCCAUUU